AUGGCAGCGCCGCGAUGCGAUGACGAGUCGGAUUACGGUACGGACGACGAGCUCGAGGUAUCGAACGUGCACCUCGGCCUCGCGGACGGACCACUAGAGGCGGAAGACGAAGAGAACCCGUUGGUGUCGCGCAUCGGCGGGCGCCCUGCGUGGCUGCCGCUGCGUGCAGAGAAUGUUCCCCCGGCGUCGCUGGUCGAGUGCGCGGCAUGCAAGCAGCCGAUGCAGCUCCUGGUGCAAAUCUUUGCGCCGCUCGAGGACUCGCCGUACGACCGCAACCUGCUCGUGUGGGGAUGUGCACAUGCCGCGUGCCAGCGCAAGGCCCAAGGAAGUGUGCGCGUAGUCCGUAUGCUCAAGCACAAUGAUCGCUGGGCGGCGAAGCUCGAAAAGCAGCGCCAGCGCCGCGAGGCGCGCGAGGCGCGCAUCGCCGAGCAAAAGAAGAAGGAGGCCGACGCCGACGCGGAGCGCGCACGCCGCGAGCUCUCCUCCAACCCUUUCUCGAUGUCGGGCAAGGGUACGACGCCGUCGCUCUUUGGCAGCGGCUCACUCUUUGACGCCAAGCCGGCAGACGCGCCUGCGCCCCAAAAGGAAGAGCAGAAAGAGGAGGUCCAAGAGAACGACGAAGACGACGACGAAGACGACUAUGACGAAGACGAACGCCUGGCGGAAGAGCUGGCCAUCAAAGCCUCGCUAGAGGAGCAGCGUGCGCAGCUCGGCGCCGACAAGGACUGGGCGCGCACGGCUGCCCGCUAUACCCCCGCAUUAUACCUGAACACGAUCCCCGAGCCGGCGCGCAACGUCGAGGCCGCCGAGCAGCCGUCCAAGGCGACGCUCGCACGUGCCCAAGAGACCGGUGCGGACAUGGACGAAGGCGACGAGGAGGAGUACGAGCAAAUGACCGUCGAAGGUAUGGACACUAUCUUUGAGCGCUUCACCGCACGCCUCGGCUCAGAGGCGCGGCAAGUCGUACGAUACGAGUACGACGGCGCGCCGUUGCCUUUCUCCGGUGCCGGCUCGGUGUACAAGAAGCUGUGGCCCAACGGCCAGUACACGGCCCAGAGCGUUCCCCCAUGCGAAAAGUGCGGAGCGCCGCGUGUAUUCGAGGUGCAGCUCAUGCCGAACCUUGCCAACCUCCUCCGUGCCGACCGCCUCGAAGGCCUCGGCGAGCGCGCCGGCGGCGACAGCGAGGCGCAGCGCCGCGCCGAGAUUGCCUCAACGCUCGGCCUGCCGAUGGACGCGGAUGCCUCGCAGAUGCCUACUGGCAUUGUCUGGAGCACCGUGUUCGUGUUUGUCUGCAGCAAGGACUGCACACCUAGCCCCGCCGAGGGCUGGGCCGAAGAGUGGGCCGGCGUCCAGUUUGAGGGCGAAUUGUAG